AUGGUGGUUCCUCUCGCGGGAGAGACGGCCAUCUCGGCCAAACGCGCUGAGCUUGCAGGCAAAAAUGGGUUCAAGGGCCUGCUCAGUAACAAAAAGACAACAUGUAUUGGACUUUUCGCGUCACUAGGAGGUCUGGUCUAUGGAUACAACCAGGGAAUGUUUGCUCAGGUUCUGACAAUGCCGGCGUUCCAGGCAGCGACUGGAGAUUACGCGAAGGAAACGGGUAUUAAGCAAGGAAUGCUCACGUCCAUCCUCGAACUUGGUGCUUGGGUGGGAACAUUGGCAAACGGAUAUCUUGCCGAUGCGCUCGGUCGUCGCCUGACUGUUUUGGUUGCCGUGGUAGUAUUCUGCGUUGGUGUCAUUGUUCAGGCCUGUACGGCGAACAAGGACUUUGUCUUCGGUGGUCGAUUCGUGACUGGUCUGGGUGUUGGUAGUCUGAGUAUGGUUGUGCCGCUGUAUAAUGCAGAGUUGGCACCACCGGAGAUUCGUGGCUCGCUCGUCGCUGUGCAGCAACUCGCCAUCACCUUUGGAAUCAUGGUCAGCUUCUGGAUUGGCUAUGGAACCAAUUAUAUUGGCGGAACUGGGGCAACACAAUCGGAUGCUGCAUGGUUGGUCCCAGUCUUCCCCCGUCAUCUCAUGAACACUGGCCGCGAGGAAGAAUGCCUACAAACCCUGGCCCGCUUGCGUAACGCACCUCCGGAUGAUUUGCUUGUUCGCAUUGAGUUCCUUGAAAUCAAGAGUUUGUACCUCUUCGAACGAGAGACAGCUGCCGAGAAGUAUCCCGACUGGCAGGAUGACUCGUUUUCCAGCCGCUUCAAGAUUGGAGUUUAUGAUUACAUGUCAUUGAUCACCGACAAGUCUCUAUUUAAGCGCACGGCGACGGCGUGCAUGAUUAUGGUGUUCCAACAAUGGAAUGGCAUCAACGCAAUUAACUACUAUGCACCAUUCAUCUUCAAGGAGAUGCACCUAGGCGGCAACACAAUCUCACUACUCGCCACCGGUGUGGUUGGAAUUUUCGAGUUUGUCUUCACCAUUCCCGCCGUCUUGUGGGUUGACAAGAUUGGACGAAAGAAGAUCUUGAUUGCUGGCGCCAUUGGAAUGGCGUCCUGUCAUUUCAUUGUCGCAGGUAUCAUUGGCGCGUAUCAGGGUAGAUUCGAAGACCACGCCGCCGCUGGCUGGGUGGCCAUUGUCUUUGUUUGGAUUUUCAUCAUCAACUUCGCCUACUCAUGGGGACCUGUUGCGUGGAUUGUUACAUCCGAGGUAUUCCCACUCAGCAUGCGUGCCAAGGGUGUUAGUAUGGGUGGUAGUAGUAACUGGUUGAACAACUUCGCAGUCGGUACUGCUACAUCUCCUUUCCUCCAAAAAAGCAAUUUUGGUGCAUUCAUCUUCUUCGGAUGCAUCACGACCGUUGCUGUGUUCUAUGUCAUCUUCCUUGUGCCCGAAACCAAAGGUCGUACUCUUGAGGAGAUGGACGAAUUGUUCGGAUCGGUCGGGUUGGCAGCUGCCGAUAGUGGACGCAAGGAACGAAUCGAACGUGAAAUCGGCCUUCUUGCUCUUGUUGGAGCGGAGCCCUCCGACGAGAAGCACACUGAGGCUGGUAUGUUUGAGGGCAAGGCCGAGGUGUCGAACCAUGAGGAUGUCGUGUCUAGCCCGAGGGAUUAG